CACGAACGCCAUCUUUGUUUUGGUCAGGAGCUCGUCUGGUCGUCGGGGACCCUAUAGAUGAGAAUGCCAUCACAGGCCAUUAAACCCACAUCGUUAGGGAUGACGGGACUACGGAACAACGACACCUGGACUGACGGUCUACCCAUCUGUAAACUAUCAGGUGUAGGGAUGUCGGCCAAUCAGAUGUACCGUGAAGAUGGGACGCCCUGUUCGGAGCACGAGUAUGAGGACCGCAGCAUCCACUUCUGUCUUGACCAUGAGAACGGGACCUACCUCUAUGGGGUCUUUGACGGCCAUGAUGGAGCCAAGGCUGCGUACUUUGCUUCUCAGAGAAUGCCGGCCGAACUGAGUUUCGAGCAGCUCACCGGGAAAACGUCGUCCGAAGAAGUGAAAGAGGUGUUUAGAGACGCCUUCCUGGCCGUGGAGAAUGCCUUCCUUGAGUCCAUCGACCCCAAGAUAGCCGAACGGACCCACAUACUGGACAAGAUUCCCGACGGCAUGUCCCAGUUCGAAGCCGCUCAGAAAUUCCCCGAUAUUGUCAACAGAUUGCAGGUCCUCGAUCAGGAGAUUCGGGGAGGAACAACGGCUGUCGUGGCGCUUAUACACGGUGGCGUGUUAUACGUCGGCAAUGUGGGCGACUCACGUGCUCUACUCUGCAAGAAAGACAGGUCUGGGGUACUGAAGGUCAAACAGCUGACGGCCGACCACACAACAAGCAGCCACGACGAGGUGCAGCGUUUAGCAUCCUUGAGUUUACCAGCGUCCAAGAUCCAAGGAGCAAAAUUCGGCAACCACGAACUGACGAGAUGCAUCGGGAACUACUUUAUGAAGGGCGGCUACAAAGAGUUCGACAUCUUCAGCUCAGCCACUGGUGAACCUGUCAUAGCUGAGCCCCAUAUUACCUCCAUGCCUAUUGACGACUCUUGCAGUUUCCUCCUGUUAAUGAGUGAUGGUCUGUACAAGUCAUACCAAGACUCUACCGGCUCCGAACAAGUAAAUAAGGAGAUCGCUCAGAUGGCUGUCGAACAGUUUGUAGAGCAGCCGACACUAACCAGCGUGGCCCAGACGGUCGUUGACAAGGUCGUACGCCUCCACCACGACAACUACCUCACCAAGCAGAGGAACGUCACCUCUAGAGAUGACAUCAGCCUCAUCAUACGUAACUUUAGCUUCCCUCUGCGAUGUGGCUUGACACUUUCCUCGGCCCUAGCCACCUCCCCACGUCCACCAAUCAGACAUCACCCGAGACCCAGGCAACUGGAGUACUCGUCGUCAUCGUCCGGCAGCGACGACUUGACCCUACAAGAGGACACUGACAUCCUCUCGGGGCUGCCAGACUCUCGCUUGCUUCCCGGUGCCCGCGGCCACAGACUCGACCUGACGGAGGGCGUGAGUAACACCGUCGACGACCGCCACGACACCAACACCACCUCCACCGAGUCGUCAGAUCUCCAGAACCCCAGCCUGACGCAGUUCUCCCUGGACGAGGACGGACGCAUCCAACCCUACGUCGACUUCGAUCAGUAUUAUCAAGCGAUCGAGGAGGCGAGAGCGGCCGGGCUGAUCGCCGAUUCCCAGUUGCAUCUGUAUAAGUGACGCAGAGGGAAGGGAUUUGUGACGUGAAAAUGCCCCGCGUCUCGUCCUCUAGCUUGGGGUACGACGUUGGGUUAAGUGUUUCGCUACUUCGGCCAUUUUAACAUAGGUUUUUUUUUGGUAGGUCAUGUGAACAUUAGACACCCUAGUUUAUUUUUCACCUGAUGAUUAAUUACAGUAUUCCUAACCUAACCCUUCUAAUCUACAGGUGAAAUAAGCUGGGGUGUCUAAUCUUCAGGUAAUCACUAACAUGGGAGAAAGCACUUACCAAACAUAUUGAUAUUGAUAAAUAUAAUAUAUAUCGGUAGAAAGCUUUAAAAGAAAUGUAUUUAUUAUUAUUAUUAUUAUUAUAUUUACCACAGCAGAAGACGUUCGGGAAUGAGAAACUUCCAGGCAAUGAGACAAAAUAUCCCCCCCCAUCCCCC